UACUGAGUCACAUUGACUUUAAGAAUUCACAUCCAUACUGUAUAUAUUUUGUAGCGUGUGGUGCCAUUUGUAUUGAGCUUGGAAAUAAAACGUCUUUUUUAAAAAAAGUUAGAUAUGUAUGUGUCACAUCCACCCACACACACACACACACACACACUGAAAUGAUACGUGACAGUAGGCUUAGUUUUUGCAAUUAGAAGCCGUCAUCACGUGGCUGAACCAAACCAGUGGCCCCAUGGCUCAACCUGGUGUUGCAAAGCCUUUUGUUCAGCUGCUCCCAUGCAUGAACCCAAGGCCAGUGAACUCGGCUAGCAAGGCGUUCAAGGCUCUGGAGCAUCUGCCAACAGCAGCGGAGACAGAUUACAUCAUGGCUGGAACAGCGUGGCGGCCAUUAUUUGCUGAGAUUGCCUUGUCUGGUUGGACGCCAAUGAAUUUACGUCAAGGGAUUGAUUUUUUCUCUCCCCUGUUACCUUUUUUUAUUUUGUAUUUUUAUACAUUCCUGAAUUUGGUUUAUAUUUCUAGUUAGUGUUUUUCACCCCAUACUUCCCUUAGGUCACACUGUUGGCUAUCAAAGCAUUAACAAUGUUUUGCAUUGCAAUGCAUUUAUAUUUUACUAUACAACUUAUUUCAAAUUAGUAUACAGUAUAUGUCAACAAAGACCAGGGACUAAAUUUAAAGUCAGAGUUGGUGUACAUGGCUCUUAAAUUAAGCAGUGUCGCCCUCUGCUGAUGAUUCUUCUCACUGUCGUCUGACAACCUGUGGUUGGGUUUUCACAUCACAUUUUGGUGAUGUGGUCAUGGCGAUUACCCUUCAGACCCCAGUCUGAAGCCGGGUGAGAAGGCUGUUGUCAUGGCUAUUACCCUUCAGACCCAGGUCUGAGACUGGGUGAGGAGGCUGUCGGGGGGUAGCCAUGCAGUGUGUGAUGCAGAACUUCACCUGGACCAGCAGUGGGCCACAGAACUGCACUCUCAAAGUAGGUGACGGGGAAAGUUUUCCAAGGAGCUAAACAUGACAUUCUACCCUAGCAGACACACGAAAACAAUUUAGUGGCUCACAGUAAAUUACUGUCAUCCACAACCCUUGACUUAAUACUUAAAGGUUUCGUUGAUUUCAUUAAAAUAGCCCAAGGCCAUGUUUCUUACAAUAAAUGACUUCACAAAUCCAAAAAAAUGCCACGUGAGAUUAUUAAAAUAACAUCAGGCCAUGCCACAGAAUGAGAGAGAGGGGAAAAACAUGUGACCGAUUUAGCCCGGGGAUGACUCAGCGUGUCAUUAGUGUGCAAACAGAGUGCUCCUCUCGGACCUCAGGACCCCUCCAGGCUGCACUGGCCACCCUGGGCCCCCAGGGGGACGGCCGUCUCUGACAGUGAUGCCCCGUCACAUGUGCGCCGAGACGUCUUCUGUUACCAAUCCGCCUUUCCGCAGUUUUAUUUUUGGCCCCUCAACUGCCCCGCUGCCAGCGUCCAGAAUGCCUGGGGCAGCCGCAAGGCUUUCCCUUCCUCUCCCCUCCCAGUUCCUUCUCCCCCUAAAGGGGGGUGCGCAACAACUGCCUUCGCUUUGUUCUCUCUACCCCCCCUCUUUCCUCCCCGGCCCGCCAAAACGAUGGACGAUAGCCUUCUGCAGGUUGUGUCUGUGCCCACAGCCCCGUACCCAGACCAGAAGCCUGGGACCAGUGGCUUAAGGAAGAAGGUCUAUGUCUUCCAGUCCAACAGGUACUAUCUCCAGAACUUCAUUCAGAGUGUCCUCUUCUCUAUAGACCUGCGUGACCGCCAAGGAUCCACCAUAAUCGUUGGCGGAGAUGGACGCUACUUUAAUCGGAUGGCCAUUGAGGUCAUUGUGCAAAUGGCUGCAGCAAACGGGGUAGGUCGUCUGGUGAUUGGUCAGAAUGGGAUCAUGUCCACGCCGGCCGUGUCCUGCAUGAUCAGAAAGAUGAAAGCCAUCGGAGGGAUCCUCCUCACAGCUAGCCACAACCCUGGGGGACCCAAUGGGGAUUUUGGCAUCAAGUUCAACAUCUCCAAUGGUGGCCCCGCACCAGAAGCCAUCACAAACAAAAUCUUCCAGCUCAGCAGGACUAUUGAGGAAUACGCCAUAUGCCCUGACCUCAGGGUGGACCUGGCUACUCUUGGAAAACAAACAUUUGACCUGGAGAACAAGUUCAAACCCUUCACGGUGGAAAUUGUGGAUCCGGUGGAAGCCUAUGCAAACAUGCUGAGAAAUAUAUUUGACUUUGCUGCACUGAAGGAAAUGCUUUCAGGCCAUAACUACAUCAAGAUCCGCCUAGACGCUAUGCAUGGAGUAAUGGGACCCUAUCUGAAGAGGAUAAUGUGUGAGGAACUUGGCUGCCCUGUAAAUUCAGUCAUCAACUGUGUCCCUCUGGAGGACUUUGGGGGAAAGCAUCCGGAUCCAAACCUCACCUAUGCUGCAGAGCUGGUCGAGGCCAUGAGGAGUGGCCAGUUCGAUUUUGGGGCAGCCUUUGAUGGUGAUGGCGACCGUAACAUGAUCUUGGGGAAGCAUGGCUUCUUCGUCAACCCAUCAGACUCUGUCGCUGUCAUUGCUGCAAAUAUUUUCUGCAUACCUUACUUCCAGCGCACGGGGGUGAGAGGGCUUGCAAGAAGCAUGCCAACUAGUGGCGCCCUUGACAAUGUGGCCAAGGCCCGCAAGAUCCAGCUGUAUGAGACGCCGACGGGCUGGAAGUUUUUUGGGAAUCUGAUGGAUGACGGCAAACUUUCCCUGUGUGGCGAGGAGAGUUUCGGCACAGGCUCUGAUCACAUCCGUGAAAAAGAUGGGCUGUGGGCUGUUUUGGCAUGGCUCUCCGUCCUGGCCACUCGGCAACAGAGUGUGGAAGAGGUCAUGACGGAGCACUGGCAGACCUAUGGCAGGAACUUCUUCACAAGAUACGACUAUGAGGAAGUGGAUGUCCUUGCGGCUUUUGAGAUGAUGGAAGACCUGGAGGCCAUGAUGUCUGACAAGGCAUUCAUUGGACAAAGUUUCUCAAUGGGGGAGAAGACAUACAAGGUUGAAAAGGCAGACAACUUUGAGUACAGUGACCCUGUGGAUGGAAGCAUAUCCAGACAUCAGGGUUUGCGAAUCAUCUUUUCAGAUGGUUCCCGUGUCAUCUUCCGUUUGAGUGGAACAGGCAGUUCUGGGGCCACUAUUCACCUCUACGUUGACAGCUAUGAAAAUGACACAGGAAAAAUAUUCCAAGACGUGCAAGUGAUGUUGGCCCCUCUAGUGAAUCUGGCUCUCAAGAUGUCCAUGCUUCAAGAGAGGACGGGUCGCAGUGGCCCCACCGUAAUCACAUAGGCCUAACCUUUUUCAUUGCAAAUCAAACUCUUCAAAGAAAAUCUCCAUAAACACUCUCAUUUCCCUACCACGUUUCCUGAAACGCAUGUACAGAAAAGUUUAACUUUAAUAAAACUAUUUAAUCCGACAAAAACCUGUCCAACUACAUCAGUCUAUCAGCAGAAGCGAAUUUAUUAUGGUUGUAUUAAAAUGUAUUUAUUAUAAUUAUUACAUAUGAGAAGCGCCCCCUACAACACAGACAGGCCGUC